UGAUCUUUACCUUCCAAGUAACAGUCAUAACAAGUGAUCUACCUAGCUACUAAACCUUAACCAUAUUAAACCAUUGAUAGGAUUGAUAAAUAGCUCAUGGACUGGGACCCACUGGAUGAAGAGAUACGGCAAGCGCUGGAUGGAAUCAGCCUGGAGGACUUGGACACAAGCUCAGAGGGGAGCAGCCCCUCCCCCCUUCCGGAUCCCCUCUAUCCAGCAGAGAUGUCCGAUGUGGCUUCCCUGUUCCGUGGCUACCUGGAGGUCACUGGGGGUGCAGAAAAUGUGGACAAAGUGUUGAAUGAAGUGAAGGAGUUACUUCUCACCUCCCCUCUAGAUACGUCAGGAGUUCAUGACCCCGUGGCACUGUCGACUGGCCUUGAGGGGCACGAGCCUGUAACACUGUCGAUUGAUGAUUUUGAGGCUGAAAACAAUUCAGUCUACUCGACAAGCAAAGAUGAAGAACGUAAGAGCUUGGAAAGUUUCACACAGCCAGUAACAAUGUCAGGAGAAGUAUCUAAUGCAGCAGGUGGUGAGCUGACUGACAGCUUGAGGUGUGGAGUUCUUGACCCCUUGGUGGAGAGUGCGUGUGGUUGGGAGCAGGAACAGUUGCUAGUAGAGCAGCAGCUAUCUCAAGAACAGCUCCAAAAAGAGCUUGAAUUGAACGCUCUCAUUGAAGAAAACCAGCAAAAGUUUGAGGAAAGAGAAAGGAUUGUGAAUGACCGUGAAAGAGCAAAGGCUACGGUACGGUUACAAGCGUACUUUAAAGGUCAUCUCACCCGGCUGUGGUAUCGGAAGAUGUCAAUUCUCAAGAACAAAAUAGCUACCCUCAUUCAGUCUGUUUGGAGAGGACAUCAAGCUAGAAAGAAGAGGAAAGCAAUGCUGAGAGGGAUUGUGGUCAUUCAAAAAACUUGGAGGAAUUAUCGGUAUAGACAGAUGAGGUUAAAUGCUGCAAUGUGUAUUCAGAAGCACUGGAGAGCUCGUAAACUUGCCAAAGAAAAACAGCAGUUAGUCAAGAGAAUGAAGGCUGCUGUAGUUGUACAGAGAGCUUGGCGGAGAUACAGGCACAAGAUUACAGCCUCACGUCGAGCAAAUGAAGACACACAAGAAGAUUGUCAAAUGGUACAAGUUGUUGGCGAAGUGAAAAAGAUUUCAGUUGAAAAUGAGACACACGCAAUCGAGGAGGAUCCAUCUGUUCAAUUACAACAGAUUGAUAAACCAAAACAAAGUAUAUCUAACUAUCUACAACCUGAAGAAUCCCAAUAUGUAAAUGCAGAACAUUACAGAGCGCCACUCUCGGAGAGUGUCGAUGUCCCUCCCCCCUAUAUCCAACCUACAGAAAAACCUCUUCCAACGCAAAGUCCGAACAAGUUGACCAUUUCCAAGCGAAUUCAAACUGCCCUGAGGCACGUAAAGCAAAGUAGCAGCACUCACCAGUUGGAGGCGGCUAGCAAAAACAGUCCUCGAACAUUAAGAAGCUACUCACUCCCAGCCACCAUGAAGAAGUCGCUCUGCGGUACAGAUUGGAGCCAACUACAAGUCGAUAAGAAUAUCCUCGCCUCAGUUUUAACCAGCCACCAAAGCACUGCCUUGUCAGAGAACCAUAGCCUCCAGUCACAUGCACAGAAUACUCCACAGAACAAAGAAACUGAGCCAGUUAAGUGUGAGGACGGUACUAAACAAGUAGAACUGAAACGGCCAGUACCCAUGCAAAACAAACAGUUGGAACCUCCUCCUAUCCCACCACGAUCCAAUCAAGACCUACAGCCAUUAACAGAGCCCAAGCAGCAGUCACAAGAGGAGCUCUUGUCAGAUGUUGCUUCUGUGGAGAGUGAGAGUGUGGCGUUGGUGAGACUGAGGGAGGGCAGACAGAGAGAGAUGAGGGCAGCAGAGCAGUCACGGGUUAGGAUGAGCACUCUUAUCAGUCAAGAGGAACUACAACAGGUUGCCACACAGAAACGAGCCAAUGAUACAUAUCGCAAUGAGCUAGAGUUUGCAGCCCAACCCCUCUCUGCAAGAGCGUGGUGCGGACUGGUGUCUGAGAGACUAGAGGAAUGGAAGAAACAACAUCGAAAAUGGACACCCCCCACUCCUCACACACCCUCCACACAGUCCUCACACCCCCACCCCCCUCACACAGGCACACCACUCACAAAUGCACAGCUAGUUGCGGCGUCCCCUAAAGGCACUCCUCCAGAGCAAGUUGCCAUGGUCAUAAUGUACAGAAGCCGUUCUCAAGUGGACCUGAAGAGUCUGGCAAAAUGUGUGCAGCUAGCCAGCCUCUCUCUAACAAAGUGCAGCCUGGUGUCACUGUCCACACUAGAGGGGUGUAGUCAACUGAAGGAGGUCAAAGUUCAGUCCAACAGUAUUGAGCACCUGGACCUUUGUGGAACAAGUGGGCUCAGUUUUGUUGACCUCAGCGACAAUCGCCUUGCUUCUAUCCAUGGAUUGCAAUCAUGUACCCAGUUAUUGACUCUUGACCUCUCUGAGAAUAGACUGGCUCGUCUAGCUGGACUGGAUGGUUGUCAUCACCUACAGAAACUGAUCGUGGACAGCAACCUCAUUAUCAACUCAAAGGGUUUGGCCAACCUGGCACUGUUGCAGUGGUUCAGCUGCUCUGAGAACCACCUCCCUCAAGUGGAGGGACUGGACGGUUGCUCCCUCCUCCAGCAUCUCAGUCUGUCACAGAACAACCUGCAGCGGGCCCCUCUGUUGUGCGACCACGUGCUGCUGAGGGAGCUUAGUCUGGAUGGAAACAGUCUCUCUGACAUGGCCCCUCUCUCCAAGGCAUGGCUACCUCUACUGCAGACACUCAGUCUGGCUAAUAACUGUAUAACAGAGUUGGCUUCUCUCGCUUGUAUGGUAAUGCUGGAGACUCUGGACGUCAGUAAUAAUUCACUCUAUGAUUUGCCAGUUCUUCUUCAGUGUGUACGAGGUUGCUAUCAACUCCGAGGUCUGGUUGUCAGCGGCAACCCAGUCUCAGAAGAGCCCAAACUUCGUCACUAUAUAAUCAAGGCCCUCCCGUGCCUGGAGGCCCUAGACGACAAACCACUGAGAACAAAGGUUGAAGUGCCCACUGUGGUCAGCUCCAGCUCUGUGUACAUACUAUGCAAGAGACAGAUCGCAGAACAAGCUGCAAACAAACCAACAGCUGAACAAGCAGAGGGUGGAGACGGUCCACCCAGUCCACACUCUGUUGUCCAGGCACUGAAACACAAGGUGGCUCGUUGCAACAAAUAUCAAGCCCUGCUCAUUCAUCAUUUACGAGAGCACGAGUGUCUAGAGAUGCGAGAUGGACCACCUCCCUCUCCACCGCGAUGUCAGAAGCAGUUGCCCCAGACAGCAGCUGCUGUGAGGAUACAAGCUGUGUGGAGAGGCUUCAUCUGUCGGAGAUGGGUGGAGACUCUGAGACAAAACUAUCACCGAGCUGCUACAGUUAUUCAAGCUCACUAUCGUGGGUACAGACUCAGGACCAAGUUAAGGAUGGUUCUGGAGAGUGUUCGCUUCACUAACAAUGGAGAGGGCACUGGAAGUGAGGAUGAGAUAGACUUUGAAGAGGAAAUCGUUGUUGACUACCUCGAUGAGUCUGCCUUGGAUAUUGAGCUGGGUCCACUGAGUUCACGAGAGCCCCUUCCAAGCAGACGCAGAGUGUACUCACGUACUAGCCCUCUUUAUCUAGAGACUGAGCCUACUAACCAGCCAGCAAUGAUGAUGCCUGUGUACACUCUGCCUGGGUGUAUGGAGACUGAGGUCACGCUCGAUGAGUGGAGGAGGCAGCAAAGAGAGGAUCGUCGUGAGCCUGUGAAGGAGAGUGUGAGGGAAUCGUUUGGUGCCCCUCUCGUUAGUGAGGAUGGUGACUCUGUGAGGAAAAAUCCCCUAGCAGCAUGGGAGAGCACCUCGGAGGUAGAUGAUAGAGUGCAAGGGUCAAUAGCUAUGGCGGACAAGAUUGCUAAUGAAUGGGGCCUCAAAAACACAUCCACUGCUGAGCUAAUGAUGAAGAGAGCCAAGAGACAAAAGAAAUUGCAGACCAAAGCUAAUCAGAGGAAGAAACUUGAAGAUCCGUCACAGAGGCUGGCUGCAUUCAGGAGGAAAGCUCCACCUACACAUGUUUUGAGGGCACAGGAAGAUCUAUACAGAGGUCACUCUCCAGCAGCCCAGUCAACAAGUUCACAGUCCAACCACCAGACGGACCUUACCUACCAGUGGGUCAACAAUCAUACUCUAGUUCACAAGAGAGACCCUCUCUACAAGAAUAUCCAACGUGGGUCCUCGAUGCUACCCCCCAUGGAGCCUCGUGUACUCGCUGGACACGCCCCUCAGCUAGUGAUGACUACCAGUGCUCGUGAUCAAGCCGCACAGUUCUCAAGUGGACAAGCAUGUAAUUCAUAUCCUUCAAUGAGACACAAACUCAAUGUAAAGACUCACAGUACAAGCAAUAUGUAGUGUAAUCGUUUACGUACACUGUUCUCAAGUAUCAUCAAAGCGGACAAAGAAUCUUCGGACAUUUUUUUGUAAUGUUAAGAAUAAUCGAGAGAAUUUUGUCCAAUGUCUCAGUAAUACGAUUUAGGGCACUAGGUUCUUUUUUAGUCAUCUCCAAUAUUCUUAUUAGUUGGGACAGCAAUUCGUUAUGUUUCUUCAACAGUUCCACCAUCAGUCCACUGUUUUCCUAAAGUUUGUUGAUCCUUUUCAUCGCAUAAUAGAUGACUACUAGGCCACCACCAAUGGCUGCAACAGCGAGAGCACCUUUUAAUACAGCAGGCGCCAUUGAGACAGCUUCCUGGUCGUUAGUUGCCAUUGUCCGUUAAGUCAGAGAAUCAGAAAUCUAGCCAGUUUAAUACUGCACAUGCAAUGACCACAAGUAUUGUGACUAGGUAGGUACAGAUCGAUGUAAUCUUUUCUUUAUAAUUAUGGUUACCCACAAACAUGCUUCAUUUUAACAAAAGAUCUACGUGUAGUUUUUGACGAUGAUGUAUACACUGUUCUCUUUGUUCUCCUUCUUUCACAAGUCAUCCAAGAACUGAACUUAUCAUUUUUGUUGCCAUGUUAAAAAUAAUUGAAAGAAUAAUUGAGAGAAUAAUUGAGUUCAAUAUCUCAGUACGAUUUAGGGCAGCAGGCUGUUUUUUAUUCAUCUCCACAAACAAUUGAUCAGUCUUUCCUUUUAGUUGGGACAACAAUUCGCUAUGCUCCUUCAAUAUUUCCAUCAUCAAUCUACUCUUUUCCUGAAGUUUGUUGAUCCUUUUCAUUACAUAAUGCAUGAAUACUAGACCACCACCAAUGGCUGCAACAGCAAGAGCACCUUUUAAUAUAGCACUAGGCCCCACUGAGACAGCUUCCUGGUCGUUAGUUGCCAUUGUCAGUCAGAGAAUCAAGAAU